AUGCCGCGCGCUCCGCCGCCGCCAGAUGGCGACGAAGUGAAGGCGGCCAUCCUGGCCUCGCUCUUCUCGCGCACGGACAGUGAGGGACACUCGGAGGAGAACCUCGUCGACUAUCUCGAAGUUCAUGAGAAUGAUUCUGGUGGCGCAAAGACGCGUUUCCUUAUUCUUGCAGUGACCAAGAUGGGCAAGUGCGUGAUGCACAAGGCGCGUCGCAACUCGAACGGCAGCUUCUCGGUCGGCAAGACAUGGUCGUUGGACGAUACUCGCCAGGUCGAGCAGCUUGGGCCUCUGCACUUUGCCUUGACAAUGACGCAGCGGACGUACCAGUGGACAACUGACAACCGCGGCGACCUCACCGUCUUCUUGAACAACUUUGUCCAGAUGUAUCGCAAGAGCCGCGGCCAGAACCCUCCUCUUGUCAACUUUAUCCCCUCGGACGCCGGGCUUGGACACGCGCCGCAGCCCCCAGGCCAGCCAUAUGGCGGACACAGGCAGCACCCGAGUGUCUCGUCGCUCGCGCCCAGUGUCGCGCCGAGCGUCGCACAGAGCCACGGAGGGUCGCUCGGUCGUCCGCCAUCUCGCGGGUCGGGAGGUACUUCGCCCAUGAUCCCGCCCGCUUCCAUGGUGCACUCUGCAACCCCCGCAUCGUCCCGUAUGCGCGGAGCCGGCACAUCGUCGGCGUCGCCAGGGUCGCAGCACUCGGAUCUCCUGCCGCCCCGCGGACUGGGCCGUGGCGAACGCAGCGGGUCGUUUUCGAGCGACGCAGGCCGCUCAGUGGGCAGUUCGGACGGGUUUGAGGGCCGCAAGGCGCUCGUCUCGUCUGGUGGACCUGCAGCAGCACGGAACGGCGCGACUACACCGUCUGGCCCGUCCAACACUGCCGGUGUCGGGAACUACGGCAUCGGUCUCGGACGGCCUGGUUCGCGCAGGCAAGGGUCUGGCGGCGACGACAGGCUGCCUGUCGACCAAAGGCUCGCGUCUGCCACGUCCAACUACCCCAACAACAACCAGACCCAGAUCGGCAUGGCACGCCGGCCGUCGGGCUCGAGCAUCCCCCCGAUUCAUGAGCCCUUGAACGAGGAAGACCCCUAUGGCGGCAUGGAGAUGGAGGAAGAAGUCCUCAUCCCGCCCGUCUCUGUACAGCCCCCAGACGAACCCGAGGUUCUCAUCCCGCCGGUCGUGAAUGAGCCACCAUCGGAAACUGGAAGGAGGACGCCAGCGACGAGGAGUGAACCACUACCGCACGACUCGAGCCUGGGGCCACCUGGCUCGUCGCUCGCUCCACCACAGGCGCGUGAACAGCCGGUCUCGUCUGAUAACCCCCAACGCCGCGUCUCGUUCCACCCCCCACCGCUCACGACAGCGUACUCGCGCGACGUGUUGUUGACAUCUCGCACCGGAUACCUCGGUGCCGAAAUCAUGCUCGCCGACGACGACGACGACGAGGCCGGUGACGCCAUCAUGGCCAACGUCGAGGAGAUGAUUGAGGGCUUUGACUGGACGGCCGCGACGGCUGCGACGGGCGAGGCGAGGAGCAAGGGCACCGACGCGAUCGAAGGCCGGUUGCUAGACGAGCUGUCGGCGCUCGAAUCGGCCAACAUCCACGCCUUUCUGGAAUCGGACGACCGCAUCGACCAGGUCCUCUCACAUAUUGACGAGGCGCUCGCCGAGCUCGACGACAUUGACAUGCAGCUCACCGGAUACCGGAUGCAGCUCGACGUUGUCUCAGAGGACAUUCAGUACAUCGAGGGCCAGAACCGCGGUCUCCAGGUCCAGACGUCCAACCAGCACGCUCUCUUGAACGAGAUGCGCCAGCUCCUCCAGAUCACAGAUGUGCCCAAGGAAGACCUGCAAAAGCUCCUGCAGCUCAGCCCGUCUACCAAGCGCGGCGUGCAAGACCUCGAGCUCGCCGCCGCGUCCCUUUACAAGGCCCUCCAGGCCAGCCGGGACACUGCCAACGAGGUCGCUGCUACGGUCGCACAUAUCCAAGAGUACCGCGCUGCCUCGACCACGUUCUCGACCAGGAUCCUCGAGUACCUCGACAUUGCGUUCAAGCACCAGUCGGACCAGACCUUGGCCGACUACCGCAAGGAGACGGCUACCAAGCGCUCGCUCAAGCUCAUCCCGCACAUGACGCUGGGGCAAAGUCUCAUGACGUACGAAGGUCUCGUGCUCUACGUCAAGGACAUGGACGAGGACAAGUACAAGAAGCUCUGCCUCAACUAUAUCACGACCAUCUCCAAGCUCCACCAGUCCGAGAUGAGCGAGCUGCUCAUGAACCUCAUCAAGGCGCUCAAGCCCAACCAAAACGGCGCCACAGACGUCGCGUUUGCCAAGGCGGCCGGCGCGCCCGUCAAGUCUACCGCCAUCGGUGCCGGUGUCGUGCGCUCCAAGACGGUGUCCAGGAGGCCAAACCACAAUGGGUCCAAGGCAAAGGAAAAAGAGGGCGACGUGGCGACGCGCAAGGUCCUCGGCAUGGGCGAGGUGGUCUCGCAGAUUGUGACCGAGGACGACUUUAUCAACGCCUUCCUCCACCUCGCAGACACCGAGUCGACGUUUGCAGACUACAUGGAGCUCGACACGUACUUUCGCCGCCAGGCCGCUCGUCACGCCAGCGGUCUGUCUUCGAGCCUGGCCCAGAUUGCCCGUUCCGUCAUGGACCUCAUGUUCGGCUUUGUCGAUGGCGAGUUUAAAAACUGGAUCGACGCCGCCAUCCAGAAUAACACGGCGGCCAUCGUCGGCAUCAUUGCCACCACUGAGCAGUUGCAUUCGGACGCACAGCAGGAGGGCACGAGUUUGUUCCUCUUGCAGUUCCUGGAGAAGCAGCUCGGACGCCAGAGGCAGGUGUUUGACGCGUUCAUUAACGAGCAAGUCAAGGCCAUCGACGGAGCCAAGAUUUCCAUCAAGAAGCGCCGCGGAGUCUUCUACUUUGUCCGCCACUUCCCCGUGUUUGUGGACCGCAUCGAGUGCCAGCUCGACAACUGCGACGAGCUUCAGGUGCGCAAGCGUGUCAAUGACGCGUACGAGCGCGUGGUCGCGUCCGUCCUCGGGUCGCUGCAGCACGUGUCCAAGAUUGUCGCGGCCGAAACAAGCUCGGGCGAGGACAAGGGCCAGCUCUACUUCCAUGUGGUGAUGAUUGAGAACUUGCACGUGUUUGUGGAAGAGGGUGCGCACCUCAAUAUCCCGUCGCUUGCAGUGUACCUCCAGCGCGCCAAGGGCCUGUACGAGGAGAACCGCAAGGCGUACAUCAAGAUGAUGCUGCGUCGCGGCUUUGCCCGUCUCAUGGACUUCUUCGACGGCGUAGAGCGCGCGCUCAAGACCAUGCCCGCCAACGAGGUCCACCUCCACUCGUCAUACAACCGCUCUGCGCUGAAAAAGGUGCUCAAGGACUCGGGCGCAAAGGACAUGCGCAAGUCGGUGGAAGCCAUGGCCCGCCGUGUCGACAAGCACUUCACACACGACGACGAGAGCAGCAGCGGCAUUGGCGGCGGCGGCGUCGGCGGCGUCGGCGGCCAGGGCCACGGAGCGUCCAGUGGCGGAGCCCACGACCCGGCAACGCAGGCGCUCAUCGCGAGCAUGUGGCGCGAAAUCUCGUCCGAACUCCGCCGCGAGACUCAGCGGGCCGCCGACUACAUUGCGAAGAGUUACGCAGACGCGGGCCUGCAGCUCGAGUACAAUGCGCGCGACGUCGAGGCCGUGUGCGUCAAGACCAAGCGCGCGGCCUAA